AUGGACCAGCCAGCAUCGGCCAUGUGGGACAAAUUGGUCAGACAAGUCCACACUGCAGCGAGAGCCAUCCUUGGGAAGACAAAGCCAGGGAAAUGGGCCAUCGAUAAGCAAGUUUGGUGGUGGAAUGAAGAAGUGCAAAUAGCUGUGAAGGAGAAGAAGAAGGAGUUAAAAGCGUGGUUUCAGUCUCGCACCGAUGAAGAUCUCCGGCACUACACGUUGCAAAAAUUGGUUGCCAAGAGAGCAGUAGUGGCAGCCAAGACUGCUUACUACAAGCACGUAUAUGACAAAUUGGACACGCCCGAAGGAGAAAAUAAAAUCUAUCGCUUGGCCAAUGCACACCCACCCUCCAUCCUCCGCCAAUGGAGCGAUUACUUCUCCAAAAUUAGCAAUGAGGAAUUUGAUCACCCUCCAAUCCAAAGUGCCGAUCUGGUCUCUGGACCUGUGCCCCCAAUUACCAUCAAUGAGGUCGAAGAAGCGAUGAAGAAUGGGAAGGCAACCAGCCCUGACGACAUCCCAGCCGAAGCAUGGAAGAUCCUCGGCUGCCAAGGUGCCACGAUCCUCGCUGCCCUAUUCAACCGAAUCAUCGAUGAGGGUGCAGCCCCAGCAGCUUAGACAACCAGUACCAUGGUACCAAUUUGGAAGGGCAAGGGUGACGUGACCGAAUGCUCAAAUUAUCGGCUGAUCCGGCUGCUGUGUCAUGCCAUGAAAAUAUGUGGAACGAUGGAUGCCAUUCAUGCUGCUCAGUUGCUUUUGGAGAAGCACCGCAAGAAGACCAAGCCUAUCCACAUGGCAUUCCUUGACCUGGACAAGGCCUUUGAUCGUGUCCCACACAAACUCAUUUGGCACGCCCUACAAUCUCAUAAUGUCCCCAAAGCCUAUGUCCGGUGGAUCCAACUACUGUACCGCAGCAUCACCAGUAUGGUCCAAUGUGCAGUGGGAACAUCACCUCCCUUCACCAUCAACAUUGGAGUACAUCAAGGAUCGGCACUUUCGCCCCUACUAUUUGUCCUCUGCAUGGACACUGUGACACAUGACCUCCAAUCAUCUCACCCAUGGUCACUCCUCUAUGCCGACGUCUUCUUGGCGAAUGAACAACGUGCAGACCUCCAAAAGCAAAUGCAGCAAUGGAAUGAACGGCUCGGCGAAUUUGGACUUCAACUGAACAUCAAGAAAACGGAGUAUAUGGAAAGCGGCCCCCAAACCAAUGGAAUCAUCAGCAUUGGUGGAGAAGACUUGAAGAAAGUAGAGCAAUUCAAGUACCUCGGCUCCCUCAUAUGCAGUGAUGGCGAUAGCUUUCUGGAUGCCCGCACCCAUGUCAACACCACCUAG